GGCAACUGCCAAGCAACAGGUUCCAGAUCCAGAACCUCUUUCAAACAAUUCCCUUUCUCUCCGCAAAGUCCUGGGAUCCGGAGGCGGUGGCGGCAGCGUGAGCCUCCGUUUCUGCUGCCCUUUGUCUCCCGCUCCCUCCACGCCAUGGGGGCCAAAGAGAAAAAAGGGGGCGAUGCCUCCCCCUCCCAGUCGGUCUCCUCCUCCGGUCCCUACGGGGAAAAGUGUAAAUAUGACCAGUCCUUUCGUGGCCCUAUCAAGAACAGGAGCUGCACGGAUAUUAUUUGCUGUGUCCUGUUCCUUGCCUUCCUUGCUGGAUACAUAGUAGUAGGGUUGCUGGCUUGGCUGUAUGGAGAUCCUCGUCAGGUGAUUUAUCCGAGGAACUCAACUGGUUCCUAUUGUGGAAUUGGCGAGAACAGCAACAAGCCUUUUGUUCUCUAUUUCAACAUGAUAAAUUGCAUCACUUCUCUAAACAUCAUGGCAGCUGCAAUGAACGGAUUACAGUGCCCAACACCACAGGUAUGUGUCUCUUCCUGCCCUACGAACUUCUCCGUGGUUCUUCCCACUGACUACAUUCCUAAUAAAAACCCUUCGGAAAUAUGGGACCAGGAGUGGUGCCAGCCUAGCAUUAACCUGACCACUACACAUUUGACAGUGUCACAAAUUCUCAACCAACAACUUUGUCCUCAAUUCGCCAUCCCAUCCACAGCAAUCUUCAAUCGUUGUUUCCCUUCUUUAAAUGCUUCUCAAAACUAUGCUGAAAGAAAGAUAAGCAACGAAACACGGGAUAACCUCAUAAGUGGUUCAAAACAGAUUAUUAGGGCUCUCAAUGCCAAGGAUAUUGGGUUGAAGAUCUUUGAGGAUUUUGCACGGACAUGGUACUGGAUCGUGAUAAUACUGGUGAUUGCGAUGGUAGUGAGCCUCCUGUUUCUCCUACUGCUGCGUUUUACUGCUGGAUAUCUGGUAUGGAUUCUCAUAAUUGGUGUGCUGGCCAUCAUUGCGUAUGGAAUCUACCACUGCACCAUGGAGUACCGCAAUUAUGAGGCUAAGGGAGCCUCCAUCCACGAUGUUGGUUUUACUGUGAACCUCAGCGUAUAUGGCAGUGUCAAGGAGACCUGGCUUGCUGUUUUGAUAAUCCUCUGUGUGGUGGAAGGCAUCUUGCUGCUUACCAUCUUAUUCCUCCGCAACCGGAUCCGUAUUGCCAUUGCACUCAUCAAGGAAGCUAGCCGAGCCAUUGGAUACAUGAUGAGUGCUCUCCUUUACCCGCUGGUGACCUUCAUCCUGCUGCUAAUAUGUGUGGCCUACUGGGCUAUGACUGCCCUGUAUCUGGCUACCUCUGGUAGUCCCCUCUACCGCCUUGUCCCUAUAAAUGAGAGUACUCCUGGCUGCUCUGGAAUCUCUGCCAAUGAGAGCUGCAAUCCGCUGACCUUCAAUGCCUCUUCCUACUCCCCGUGCCCUGUGAGCUGCAUCUUCUACAAGUAUAAGGACGAAGGCUUGUUCCAGCGCAACAUCUUCAACCUGCAAGUUUACAAUGUCUUUGGCUUCCUCUGGUGCAUCAACUUUGUCCUUGCUCUGGGGCAGUGCGUAUUAGCUGGUGCCUUCGCCUCUUACUACUGGGCCUUCAACAAGCCCCAAGACAUCCCAGCCUGUGCCGUGACGAGCUCUUUCAUCCGGACAUUACGCUACCACACUGGUUCUCUCGCUUUUGGCGCCCUCAUCCUCACCAUCGUCCAGGUCAUCCGUAUAAUGCUAGAAUAUCUGGACCACAAGUUGAAAGACCUCGAGAAUCCAGUUGCCCGGUGUAUUCUUUGUUGUCUCAAGUGCUGCUUCUGGUGUCUGGAGAAGUUCCUCAAGUUCCUCAACAGAAAUGCCUACAUAAUGAUUGCUAUUUAUGGAAAGAACUUCUGCACCUCAGCUAAAAACGCCUUCAUGCUCCUGAUGCGGAACGUGGUCAGGGUUGUAGUCCUGGAUAAAAUAACUGACCUGAUGCUGUUUUUUGGGACGCUCUUGGUGGUCGGCGGAGUUGGAGUUCUAUCAUUCUUCUUGUUCACGGGACGAAUCCCAAUUGAGGCGUUUCAGAUCAAUUCUCUUCAACUCAAUUACUAUUGGCUGCCCAUUCUGACUGUAGUGGUCGGUGCCUACCUCAUCGCCCAAGGAUUCUUUGGCGUCUACAACAUGUGUGUCGACACGCUAUUCCUCUGUUUCUUGGAAGACCUGGAGCGGAACGAUGGCUCCCUGGAGAAGCCAUAUUACAUGUCAAAGUCCCUCAUGAAGAUCCUCAACAAGAAGAACAAGAAACCCAAGGCGGAUGUGCACAAAUAGUCCUGGAGGACGAUGUCCCCCCAGAGCUCAUCCACUUACAGAACCGGUCCACGUCAUUUCUUGCUAUACCCACUUCCUGUCCACCAUGACUGGAUUUUAGAUCCAGCACUCUUUAUCAGGUAACAAAUGAAUGUCUCUCUUCCUCCACCUGCCAUUGCAGUUCAUGUCGAAGACUUUGAGGGCCUUGCAUUUGAAGUCUGGGCAACUCUAGCCUCAUUUUGUUCUGCUCAAUGGCAGUCCUAUUUGCUUUCUUUAUAAAACUCAGAAUGCAGCCAACAGGAACCCCUUAAUUUAUUGGCUAUGCUUUUUAGAGCUGCAUAUUGACUGUGGCAGCCAUAAUUAACAUUUUGCUCUUGCCAUUGGUCUAACCUUUUUUUUAAAAAAAGCCUGCUAUGGCUAACGUUUGCAAUUUCCCCCCUCAGCAUUAGUUACCUCACUUCCCUCCCAAUGGCAAACCCCACCCCCGCUCCCUUCAGAGGCUUAACUCUUACCCAUCUCGUCUUCCAAACCCUUUCUCCACAAGGAUCCAAUUUCCCAUUGGUCGUUGGGUCGUCAUGGCCUCACCUGUUCAACCAAGGUUAUUGAAUCUCUGGCAUAUUUUGCACAUUUUUUGCCAGCUACUGGCUGAUUGAAGUUACACAGGCUCGGUCGGCACGUACAGCCAAACUGAGGCCCCGAGGUAGUAUUGUGCCCAUUUGGACUGUAAAUGAGUACGCAAUUUUUUUUUAAUGUCCCCCCAUGUGAAAACUUCCUGCAAGUAAACCACAAACCAGCACACUGGAGAGUUUCCACCCCCAAGCUAUCUGCUGUGUUAAUGUUUCUGUGUAGGGUGUUUUUAACAUAUGGGCAGUAUUAAAAAAAAAACUAUCUCCCAUUGCAGUUGGAAAUGGCACAGUCCAUUUGAAUGUGUCAUGGUUUUGCCACCUCAUUUUGUUUUAUGUGAAGACCAGCCUGCGUUUGUUAGGUCAUCUCUGCACAAGUGUUCUCCCCUGCUUAUUUUUCUUCUGGUCUGUCCAACCUUAUAGUAAACACCAUUAUUUGCAGGGGGGUCUUUGCCGUUCCCUGGACCAACGCAAAUGAUGGAACCAAAGAGGGGAGUCUCUUCUAAAGUUUAGCAGGUGAUUCAGCUCUAGUUGCCAACCCCACAGUAAGCCCAGCGUUGCUCUGAUUUCCUGACUUGAGUUAUUGUAAUGAGGUGGUUAACUCUAGGCUUAACUGUGCAGUAAGGACUAUAUAGGAGCUCUUCUUCACUUGGCUGUGGCUGCAACAUGCUAAGCUGUGGAAGAGGCUUAAGCAUGUUACCCAAUUGCAUCACUGGAGUUUUUGUUCUUGAUUCUUGAUUAUUUGCACUAAACCGCUUUCUGUUGCUAUGGGGUUUUUUCCCGAUGGAUCAGUUUCAUUACCUUAUGUUUAACCCUGGCCGUCCCUCGUUUUCUUGAGGGGCCAUUCCUGUCCACCAUUUUUGAGUUUCAGGGCCCACUUCCUUACUCCAAGUGAUUGGGUUUUUUUCAGCCUGGUAUCUUUGGAGGUCUUUAUGGCCGUUGAUCACAUUCCCAUGCUUCAAUCCAGUAAAACAAGGAUGCUCGCCUGGGCACUGAAUGGCGGACAUGUUGUUUCCUAAUUAUUUUCAUUGGUGAGGUGGUUGUUUCCCAUCUCACCUCCAGGUGUCACUAUGCAGUUCUUUGACCAGGGUUCUGGUUGCCGUAGUCAUGGUCCAAAACCAUUUCCUGUCAGCCAUGUUGUUUUUUUCCAUACCCGCACUUUUAAUCUAUGGGCCUGCCUACCCUUUUUAUAAUAUGUAGAGACCUUCUUGUUUGUGACGCAGAAUACAAUCGACAUUCUACAGAUCCCGUUUUAUAUUAUCAAAACAAGCGGCUAAAAAUGUACUGUAUAUAGACUUUUCUUUCUGUACAAAGAUUAAAAGCUUUUAUAGGAGAUACAAAUUUAUUAAAACUUCUUUU